UUUGCCCGGAUUUUAACUUUUCAAUCUCCUAUCAUAGAAGAGUCCCUGUACGAUAAAGGGUAUAAAGGUUUCAACCAUGACAUGAAGUUGUCUGACAUCCUGUGGGAGAAGAAAGCAAUAGGCCUAGAUCUAUAACAUGAGAAAAUGAUGUCCCAAGAUACAUAUAGAAGGAGCACUAGUCAAGACAAACCAGCCUUGUACUCCAUCUUGACAGGGGAAUGGAUGGAGUUAUCUGAUUCUGCUAGGCUUGGGAAGUCUCGGCCUGUCACAGACUUUGAAAAGCUGAAUCGAGUGGGAGAAGGAACCUAUGGCAUUGUUUAUCGGGCCAGAGAUACAAGAAGUAACAGAAUUGUGGCAUUGAAGAAAAUGAGAAUGGAGAAAGAAAAAGACGGUAUUCCUAUCAGCGGGUUGAGAGAGAUCAAUAUCCUGCUGAACCUGCGACAUGAGAACAUUGUGGAGCUGAAGGAGGUGGUGGUCGGCAAGAGUCUCGACAGCAUCUUCCUGGUGAUGGAGUACUGUGAACAAGAUCUAGCUUCACUACUGGACAAUAUGGCAGCUCCAUUCUCCGAAUCUCAGGUGAAGUGCAUCAUAAUUCAAGUGUUCAAGGCUUUGAGAUACCUACAUGAAAACUUCAUCAUUCAUAGGGAUCUGAAAGUAUCCAAUUUACUGAUGACAGAUAAAGGAUGCCUCAAAGUAGCUGAUUUUGGUCUGGCAAGGAAACACAGCCUUCCUGUGAGACCCAUGACCCCCCGGGUUGUCACUUUGUGGUAUCGAGGGCCGGAGUUGCUGCUGGGCUCACAGAAACACACAUCAGCUGUUGACAUGUGGUCUGCUGGAUGUAUCUUUGGGGAGUUGCUGGCCCACCGACCUCUGCUUCCCGGGAGAUCAGAGGUCCAGCAGGUCGACCUCAUCGUGGAGAUGUUUGGGACGCCUACAGAAGCUAUUUGGCCGGGAUUUUUGGAUUUGCCAGCCUUGGAGAAUAUUACGCUACGAAAACAACCAUACAACAACCUGCGACACACAUUCCCUUGGCUGUCCGACUCGGGCAUCAGACUGCUUAAUUUCCUCUUUAUGUUCGACCCGGCCAAGAGGGCCACAGCAGAGGACUGUCUGGACAGUGUCUACUUCAAGGAACAGCCACAUCCGUGUGACCCGGAGUUUAUGCCAUCCUUCCCUCAUCAUCGUCUCAAGAGGAAAACCACACAAGAUACAUCGAAGGAGGAGCAAAAAGCAAAAACAGAUUCUUUCAAAGAUUUUGGGAGCAGCUCUGGUCUUAAUUUGUCGGCAAAGAAGAAGCGAGUCUAGCAACACAUGAAGAUAGAGAUGAGCCUCUGUCCACUCCAUGUGUUGCCAUGAACAGAUCAUGCCAUUGUGUCAUCCUCAUUUGAUGCUGUAAAUAAAUAUACACCUCAUA